AUGGCGACGUGCGUGGGAGUCAUGCGCCAUGGCUUCUGCUUUCGCAGGUCGGAGUCGAUCCUCGAUUUUUCUGCAAAACUGACCGAUGGCGCCCGAGACCCUGAAGCCUUCGAUGCCGAUGGCUGCAAAAAUGCUGCCGAGAGGAAGUACUUUGAGUGUCGCUGGUGGUGUAUGAAGCUGGCAGGUGCCAGAAAGACCCACUUCUCAGAGAGUGAUGCCCGCCGCAUCGUCGUUGCAAACCUUCGAGACCUGCUUGAGCGCUGCUGCGACGUGGAUGCAUCUGUGAGGAAAGCUGCGCACCAUAUUGUUACCAACUAUGUGAGAGGUGGUCUGCCUUGGGUGCAGCAAGUGAUUGCAGAAGCCAUGCUUGGCCGGAUGGAGAACCUCUGGGUAGACGAAAUCAGCCAAGCGGCUCUGGCGCAGCUAUGGAGGUGCUCAAGUCAUCUUGGGGAUGUUGUGCGUGCACUGGACAGGCCUCAGCGUCAGAGGUGGGUGUCCCUGCUGGUCAGAGUCCUACUUAGUCGGCAAUCAUGUUUGGACCCAAAGAUAUUGAUCAGUGACCUGAAGGGCUUCCAUCAAGUCUUCCAGCAAAGACAGGCGGGAAGAUGUUCUGAGGCUUCUAGUAUGCUGAAGCAUGCCUAA